AUCACGUCUCCGUGAUCCUGUCACCGCGGCCUAAACGCAGCGGUUGCGCGCAAGGUGACCGGUUGCAGGUCGGCAACAGCGUCAGUGUCUCGCACAGUUGCAGCGAGCGCAACGGCGUGAUAGCUGACGCAGCAUAUCCAACUUCGCCGCCAGACUGGAGCAGCUCCUGUAGCUUGCUCGUCAAGGCGCGCGGAGCCAAGCAAUAACCAUGGCGCGACGGAGGAUAGCAUGCGUGCUCGCAGUAGCGAGCGUCAGCGCCUGGCUCGCGCCCAUGAGCAAGCCGGCCGCGCGCGGCAUCCGGCCGCAGACGGCGACGAUGACGCCCGAGGAGCGCAUCGCCGCCAUGGACGCCCAGGAGGGCGCGGCCAAGGACGUCACGGCGCGCAGCGAGCAGGACGGCCUGCCGCUGUCCAUGGUCGUGGGCCAGGACAGCAUCAAGACAGCGCUUCUACUCGCGUCCGUCAACCGCGACAUGGGCGGCGUCCUCAUUUCUGGGGGACGCGGCACGGCGAAGUCCGUGAUGGCUCGAGCGUUACACUCGUUGUUACCUCCCAUCGAGGUCGUGAAGGACUCGAAAUACAACGCGGACCCGGAAAACGUCCAAGAAAUCGAUUCUCUGUUGCGAAAGCAGCUCGAGGCCAUGGACGACGGCAAGAAGGUGACCGAGCGACUCGCUGAUCUCGACCGGGAGAUCAUUAAGGCGCCGUUCGUCCAAAUCCCGCUCAACGUCAUGGACGACAUGCUUCUCGGUAGUAUUGAUGUAGAGGAAUCGGUGAAGCAGGGCAAGUCCGUCUUCCAGCCCGGGUUGUUAGCUCGGGCCCACCGGGGUGUGCUGUACGUCGACGACAUCAAUCUGCUGGAUUCCGAGGCUACUAAUAUCCUGUUGCAGGUUAUCAGUGAUGGCAAGGUCAUCGUCGAGCGCGAGGGCAUUUCGGUCACGUAUGCGUGCAAACCCUUGCUGAUCGCGACCUUCAACCCCGAGGAGGGCGAGAUGCGCGACCACUUGCUGGAUCGCAUCGCCGUGUCUUUAUCUGCCGAUGCGGCGCCGCUAGAUAUCACCCAAAGAGCCGAGGCCGUUGACAGUGUAUUAACCUUCGCCGCGGGCGGCGAGAAGCGCGCCAAGGCCUUAGACGAGGACAUGGAGGCCUCCGACGCGUUGCGGUCUAGAAUUAUCUUCGCUCGUGAGGAGAUCGGGGACGUCACGUUAUCGAGGGACCAGUUGGUCUACUUAUGUGAAGAAGCUGUAAGGGCGGGCUGCCAGGGCCACCGCGCCGACAUCUACGCCGCGGAAGUUGCGAGAGCCUCGGCCGCACUCGCGGGAAGAACCGCGGUCGACGCGGAAGACCUCAAAUUGGCCGUCAAACUCGCCAUCGUACCUAGAUCUUCGUUUGUAGCGGACAUGGAGGAGCCGCCGGACCUCGACAUGCCGCCGCCGCCGCCGCCGCCGCCGCCGCCCCAGGACCAGAUGGACGAGAUUGACGAGGACCAGGACCAGGACGAGCAGCAGGAGCCGCCCGACCAGGAGGACCAGGAGGACCAGGAGGACGCGCCCGAGCCCGAGCCCGAGGAGCCCGAGCUGCCGGAAGAGUUCAUGUUCGACGCGGAGGGCGUGCCCAUCGACCCCGAGUUACUGGCGUUCGCCAAUAAACAGAAGCAGGGCAAGUCCGGCGGGCGGGGCAUGAUCUUCUCGGAGGAUCGGGGGCGGUACAUCAAAGCUCAAUUGCCUCGUGGUAAGGUUCGGCGGUUGGCUGUGGACGCGACGAUGCGAGCGUCGGCGCCGUACCAAAAGCCGCGCCGCGAGAGGCAGCAGGCGAACCCGCAGAAGAAGUACAUGGGCCGCAAGGUGUUCAUCGAGGAGAGCGACGUUCGCUCGAAGCGCAUGGCGCGCAAGGCCGGUUCUCUGAUCAUCUUCGUCGUCGACGCGUCGGGCUCCAUGGCUCUGAACCGCAUGCAGGCCGCGAAGGGUGCGGCUCUCAGCUUAUUGACGGAGGCCUACCAGUCGCGCGACCAGAUCUCGCUGAUCCCCUUCCAAGGCGAUGCCGCGGACGUGCUGGUGCCGCCGACGCGGUCGAUCGCUCUCACCAAAAAACGCUUGGAGACCAUGGCGUGUGGGGGCGGCUCGCCGUUGGCGCACGCCUUGUCCAUGGCGGCGCGCACGGGCAUGAACGCCCAAAAAUCAGGCGACGUCGGCAAGGUCGUCGUCGUCUGCAUUGGUGAUGGGCGGGCGAACGUGCCGCUCGACGUGUCGUUAGGUACGGCGGAGCCCCUGGAGCCGGGCACGAAGCCCGAUAGGCAAGCUCUCAAGGACGAACUUAUCGACACGGCGAAACAACUCGGCUCCAUUCCUGGGUUUUCGUUACUGAUGCUCGACACGGAGAACAAGUUCGUCUCGACGGGCCUGGCCAAGGACAUCGCCGACGCGGCGCAGGGCCGCUACUUCAAGCUGCCGAAGACGAACGAGGCCGCGAUCGCCGAGCUGACGCAGGGCGCGGUCGGCGCGAUGAAGGCAUAGAUAGGCGCGCGGUCCUAUCCUCGACCUAAGGAGGCGUGGUCGCU